GGACCGGCUGUCUCAGGCUGGGAUCAAGGCUGAGGACUUGGGUUGGAUGGAAGCCCCCAGAGCCGAGGUCUAACCUGAUCCCAGGAAGACCCCUGUGUCUCCUCACCAGUGCAGGCUGAGCCUCUGAGGGCAUGAGCAGGGCCCUAGGAACAGCCUCAGUUCCCAUCACACGCUGUAGUGUUAGGAUUCCAGGCUGGGCUGUGGCAGGUGGAUGAGGUUGAGGUUGGGGUGAUGGGGAGCAACUGGUGAGGGCUGCACAGAGACAGGAAGUGGGGGGAGCUUGCUGAGGACUGCGGAAGGCACUGAGCUUUGGGGUGCCCAGCCACCCAGACAGGGCCAAGGAGGAGCCCCUGCCGUGGCCUCGGUUAGGCAGCAGCUCACAGGGAUGGGGCCCCAGGUGCCAUGGGUCACUUCUGCACUCUGGGCCCUGGGCAGCCUUGCCCUACUCCUUGGGCUAUGGACGCUGUGCACGGCCUGCCACAGGAAGCAGGCACAGAGGCAGCAGGCUGGGCUGCAGGGCAUGGAAGCACAGGUGGAAGAGGUGGCUGCCUGGCUGUCCCUGGGGCCAGGGUGGGGCCAUCAAGGCACCAAUGGCCUUCCUUGCCCCCAGCCACUGCUGAAGCGACCCCACAUCCAUUCUCUCAGCAAGUCGGAAACCAGGCUGCACGACCUGCCCUUGGGCCCACGUAGCAGCAGAGCCUCCAGGCCGGCCAGCAUGGAUCUGCACACACACUGGAGGGAGGUCUCCAAAAGCAUCACCAGGCCACCGGCAGCCUUCUCACAUGGGGAGCUGCCCCAGGCCAGGCCGGCUGCCGCCCUGAUGCCCUGCAGUAGCCCUAAUGCCACCUACUCCAACGUGGGGCUAGCUGCCAUCCCCCGAGCACUCUUAGCAGCCAGCCCCGUGGUGCUGACAGGCACAUGGCUGAACAACAGCCACGUGGGACCUGAGGCCAGGCCCCUAAUGCCCGAGUAUGCUUGCAUCCAGAAAUUUAAGGCAAUAAACAGGGCUGCUCAAGGCUUGGAGCAGGGGCAGCUGGCCCCAGGCUCUCAGGUGGAUGCCCUGUACUCUCAGGUCAGCAAGCCCAAAAGGAGAGACCCUGGACCUGGCUGCAAUCAGGGUGAUAGCAAGGACAGGGGAGCCACUCGAGCUUCGGACAGUAACCUGGCCUAUGAGGCCCUCCCACCAAGGGGCUUGGAUGAGGACUGCAGCCCCUUGCAAAACGUGUAUGAGAGCAUCCAGGAAGUGGGAGCCCAAAGGUGCCUGGAGCCCCCUGGCUCGAGCUGUUAGCAUGGGGCCCCUGUCCCCCUGCCUAGGUUUCCAGACAUGUCCAAGUCCUUACUCCUAAGUGCUGUCGUGGCUGACUCCACCCCUACACACCCACCCACAUACACAGAUGACAGCACAAACCAGACCCCAUUGGCUGAUUGCCUGAGAAUGCCUGCCAGGCCAUAAUAAACCCCAGCGCCUG